UUUUUUCAGAUGCGUAUAUAAAAUUUCUGUUGCUGUACUUUCUUUACCAUUUGCCAACAAGGCUAUAAAACCCCUUUACCUCCCAAAUGACGGUCGAACGGCUCAGUUUGACGAAUCUCAAAAAAAGUCCGCGGGGAAGUUCCCUAGGAAAUCCCCCUGUUCGGGGAUAUUACUGUCGACACCGAUGCACAUACACUUCGAACUCUGAGCAUUUCUGUAGUCACAGGGUCUGGAAGCAGAGGCGUCAAAUGCUGGUUUAUUAAAAGACUGAACCUUAGGACUAACUCUACACAUAACCUGCCAUGGAUAACGUAAGUGUAAACACGGAAAACGACAUGCUGAAGGACAAAAUCCGGAGUUACAGCACGCUUAACUCUCUGUAUCAUGAGACGCGGCAUGAGAUGGAGCUUUUGAACAAACAGAUCUACGUAAAGGACAAUAUUAUUGCUGAUUUAAAAGCGAGGCUGGGGAGGUACGAGAGGAUCCACAUGAACCUGGGGGAUAACGAGUCUGUGCUCAUAGGACCGUCCAAGUCAUUGCUGGAGAGCCUGUGCAAGGAAAUAUGCAAACUGAAACAGAAGAGGAACGAUAUGGAGUUCAAGGCAUCUCGACAGGAAGAGGAGAUCCAGCGGCUGGCCGGGCAGCUCCGAGAAAAAGAACUGGAGCUAGAAAGAGUCAGGUGUCAGCCGGACCACGAGAAGGACCAGGAGAUCCAGAGGCUGCGCUCAGCCCUGGAGGAGAGGGAGCGCUCCGAGGCCACCAGAGCCGUACUCUGCUCGUCCCUGGCCGAGGAGGCGGACCAGCUCCGCAGCCAACUUGGAGCAACAGUGAAGGUGUGCCAGGAGCUGCUGGCCAGGCUGGAGAAAGACAAACAAGGGAGAGGAGUGGUGGAGGAUGAGGCUCAGAUGCAAAAGAAUAAGGAGAUGACACUGUCCUCUGAUUUGAGCGCCAUGAAUGCCCAAAUCUGUCAUCUUCAGGAGGAAAAUCACAAGCUAAAGCAGCGAGUAGCAUAUGUACAAGGUUUGAACUCUCAGUGGCAAAAGUACGACUCAAGCAGGGAAGACUACAUCAGAGGCUUGAUUCAGCGUCUGAAGGAGACCUCAGGGCCGGGAUUGGCUCCUGGAAUGGGCACCGUAAGCACUGGGUUGCUUCAUCAUGAAAUUUCCAGGCUCAACGGCUUACUGGAGGAGAAGAUGAAAGAGUGUGAGCGGCUUGGGAGAGAAGCAGAGGAGAUGAGGAAGCAAGAUCAAGAACGCAUACAGACUCUGGAGCAGCAGGUCCUUAUCUAUGCAGAAGACUUCAAGUCGGAGCGUGCAGACAGGGAGCGAGCACAAGGUCAGAUGGAAGAUUUAAAGGAGCAGAUUUAUCAGUUAAAACGGCAGGUACACAAACAGGAAGCCAGCAGGGAGAGCAGAGACAUAGUUCCCAUGUGUCGCGUGCACAUAGGACACAGGAUCUCCUCGAGGCGGCACAAGGACUCUUCAGAGCCUCUGUUAAGGACCCCGGCUGAGAUGCAGAAACAGCCUGCAGCUGCAGCAUCCACAGCAAACCCGGCGUGGAGCGAACGACCCGGCCUGUCGGAACUGGAGUGCCCACGCUGCCUCGCCACGUUCAAUGAAAAGGACACAGCAGAGUACCUGAACCAUUGUGAGGAGUGUGCCAAACUAUAAACGCAACAACACUCAUUUUGAAAACACCAAUAUCUCUCACUGACAGUAACCAAACACUGAAGAGCACCACUACACGUCAGAAAAUAACCUGAGUGGAGAUUCCAGGUCGGAGAGGCUUGACGACAAAUGAAACAACUGGGCUGUACAGCUUGCUUCAUUAUAUUAAGCCAAAGUUCCCCUCUUGGUAGAGAUAUUACAUCAUCUGGAUUUUACUACAUCUGACUCUUUAAAAAUCCAGCGUCUGGUUCUUGAGUGUUCUCCUGUCAUCAUGCAGGAGCUUAUUGCGACAGGGAUGUGCAUUCUGAUGCACCCUAUUAAAUAUAUACCUCAAUGUGUCAAAUUGUCUUUUGCACUUUCUUACAUGUAACCAAAAAAGAAUCGUAAGAUAAUACGGUUAAGAGAUUCACGAUGCAUAAGCUUCUUAUUUUGGAUCUAAACAUCAAGUAAAUGUGUUGCUAUGAGUUUUAUUUUUGGUUGAACUUUGCAUAUGUCCUGUAAAUUAUGUAUUCUUAACAGAUUUUAAAUAUAAAACUAUUAUUUGAAUAUUUAUUCUCUGUACAUAAAAAUAGAAAAGGCCCAUUUAUUGUUGCCUUUUCACAUUAAAGCCAUAUUUUAGGGUUUAACCUUUGGGAAUGAAACUUUAAAUACAACUUGAAAUGCUCAGAUCUAAAAUAGUGUUUGUAAUCCCAACUGACACCUUUUUUUUCAAGCUGGCACAUUAUUUUUAUAAUAAAAGACAUUAU